CCUCCUCCCCUGCAUAGCUCAGGACAUGUGUCGUCUGCCUUUGGCUUCAUUCUUCAUGUUCCUCUGGUUGGCAGAGAGAGGCCACUGUAUCGGCAGCUUUCAGAACAGCAUGAGGGAGCUUCACAACAGGUUUGCCAUUAGCCUUUACCAGGCCCUCAUUGAGACGGAGAACAGCUCCAACCUGAUCAUGUCUCCAGUGAGUGUUUCCCUGUCCCUGGCCCUGCUGCAGCUCGGUGCCAGAGGCAACACCCGGGCUCAGCUGGAGGGAACGCUGGGAUACAAUGUGAAUGAUGCUCAGGUGCAAGACUUCCUGUUGCACUCCCAGGGUGACAUGAGCAACAGCAGCCAGAGGAUGUGGCUGCAGCAGACCUGCACAGUAUUCAUCCAGAGUGGAGUCCAACUCCUGGCUGAGUUCACACAGUUCGCUGCAGCUUGGGUCAACACCAGUGUGGUGCAAGCCAACUUCAGCCAACCCAAUCACACUCGCAGCUAUUCAGAGCCAGCAGGACACAGCCAUGAUGAGUCAUGGCCUCUCCACUCGGGAAGCAGCAGUGGGGAACUGUCUGGCUCAGGCGAGGGCCAGGCAGAAGCCCUUUGGUGGGGACAACGGCCGCAGGUGGCUCUGGUCAACACAGUGGCGUUUAGGGGUGUCUGGCAGAAACAGUUUGUGUUUAGCAACACUCAGAAUCUGCCCUUCAUCCUGUCUGAUGGGAGCACCAUCAAGGUGCCUGUGAUGUACCAGGCUGCAGAGGUCAGCUUUGGUCAGUUCAGGACAACAUCCAACCAGCGCUACAACGUGCUGGAACUGCCGUACCUGGGCCGCUCCCUGAGCCUGCAGAUAGUGCUGCCCAGUGACAAAAAGAGCCCGCUGUCUUCCCUUGAGUCCCAGCUCACUGCUCGUCAGCUGGCCUCUUGGGACUCCGGCCUGCGCAGGACCAAGAUGGACAUUUUCCUGCCCAGAUUCAGAAUUCAGAACAAGUUCAGCCUGAGGUCAACGCUCCCUGCUCUGGGCAUCAGUGACGCCUUUAACCCCACAGCAGCUGAUUUCACAGGGAUAUCAGUGGAAGAGGGUCUUUAUGUGUCUGAUGCCUUUCAUGAAGUCAGAAUUGAAGUUACAGAGGACGGGACAAAGGCAGAUGCUGCAACAGCCAUGGUGCUACUUAAACGAUCCCGUGCUCCUGUUUUCAAGGCGGAUCGACCCUUCUUAUUUCUGCUUCGCCAAGUUAACACAGGCUCCAUCUUCUUUAUGGGUAGAAUAAUGAACCCUGCAGAGCAACUAAUAUAACGCUCCUCUAGACCACUACCCCCCAAUCUACCCAACUAUACCAACCAGUUUCACCAGCAGUAUUUAUUUAUGGACCAAAUGUGAGAUACGAGGACACUUCAGGAAGAGGGAUGUUUUUUUGUAAAUACCUGUAAAUAAAAUUUUAAUAUGUU